UUGUUAAGUGAAAAUUGGGCAUUUUUUGCAGACGGCGUGUCGAAUUUUUCGUAAACGGAGCGCGCGUGCGCGUUUCUUUGGGGCGGUGUGAAACGUGGUAGAUACAAUAAUGGCAGCAUUGCAAGAUUUGUUCAGCUUUUUAACAGUUAUAAAAUUGGAAACUAUCUUUUCCAGUAGCCGUAGCGUACGUAAAUUAUGCGAGCACGAUCUUUGUUCAUAGCUCUUGGCCAGUAGAUAGCGUAAUAUCCAGGACAACCAUUAGCCGUAUGUGCCGUCAAACGAAAUUGCGAAGUUUGUAAGUAAUCAUAGAUCGGAUAGGCUUCUCAGUCGAACGGCGGGCAAAUCGUCAGGAGCAGUUUAAAACCCAAAUUAAAAGUCGGUCAGGUCAAGUUCACUGGAGGAAAGAUGUCUACGUCUGAAACUACUGAACGGAAAGGCAAGUACUUCAAGGCCGUCGUCAACACGCCCACUGCUGGUCUCACCAAACCCAAGGAUGGGACCACACCUCGACCACUCCCAGUCCUUCAGCCCAGGAAAUACCGCCCUGUAGACCGAGCACCAGGCCCACCCAAGACGGGCCCGGUACCCACGGGGGAAACUACGGCGUCUGUCCCUGGCGGUGAUACCGAUGAGGUACCGACUAUCCUCGGCAAGUUGGAGGAGAUGACGCCUGGUGCCAAAUGUGGAGGGGCAGCACGUUGUGGGGAUGACGUCAGGAACCUGACCAAACUCCUGUUCAAUAGGAACUUGUCUGGGUUGCUGAGUGGAAACAACAAACUUGAAGACAUUGCUAUUAUUCAGACAAUAUUCAGUGCCAACAAUGUACCUCAGCCAGAAGUCAUGGAUGUCGCAGAUCCCGCCUUAUCAGCUCAUCAACGCACGCCUCCCCAAAAAGAAGUUUCUCUGUCUGUUUCAUCGGCCAAGCCCAAACCAGUCUCUACCACUGUGUCAGACCACGCGCAGUUCGGCCACUCCACGGGUGCGCUGGUGGUGACGAAUCGCACUUACAGCCCGCUGUCGGUGCAAGGCAAACAAAGGGUAGUCCUGAUGCCAAUGAAGUCGGACGGCGAAGACAAGCCUCCACCAUCGAGUGAGAAGGAUACAACGGGUCCGGCCGAGCGAAGAGUUGUCGGGCGCCAGAGGAUGGUGGACAUGUACCCGAUGCGGUUGCCCAAGCUCUCCGUUCAGCAAAGAGAAACAGGAAACAGAAGUAGUUGCGAGAUGGAAAGUGGAGCGCAAGAUCAAGACACGGUUUGCUGUGGGACCACGAAUUUAAAGAGAUCCAGAUGUAGGCAACAGAUGUCCAAGUCAACAGGCUCAACAGAAGCAACCACUCACUCUACGGGGAAGCCUGUCUUCUACCCGGGUUCACGCAACCUGACACUCGUUCGCCGACGAGGGCAUCGCACAACCCCUAGAGCUGGCUCCCCGAUGCCCUCGCUGCGGAAACCCCUCCCACCAAUCCGGAGGCGGCACCACUCCGACAUCUGCACCGUCUGCCCCGAGGUGCAUGACUGGAAGGGGUUAGCCAGAAAUCCCCGCUGGUACCCGACGGCCAAGACCGAAGGCGGCAGGCAGUGCCCGUGUGUGAGACAAACGGACUCGGUGACAAGACCCAGUGCCGAGGGCCAGGACGACUUCGUGAGGGACACUGAGCAAGAGGAAAAGGUUGAGGUUGAAGAAGACCAUGAGGUUCAGUUUGGGGAGGACUUAGAGAAAGGCUGCGAGAAGCCCGUCAAACCGGCGGAGGAAGCAGAAGGAAAAAGUAACUGGUUUCCAGAGAGGAGCAUUGCAGUGCAAGAGAGUGAUGUAUCAGUUGGGGAUGAGGCAGAGAAGACAAAAGAUGAAAGUUCUGGCAUUGAGAAGAGCCCAGAGUGUGAUGCCAUUGUACGCGCUCACAGCCAGUGGCUGACGGCCGGCACUUCGUUGCUUAGUGGCGAGAAAGACGACGAGUUGCAUGAACCAAAAACAAGAAUACCGGUACCUGAUGACAGUCAUCUCCAACGGAGACUGAUGAUGGAGGGAUUGGACUUCGAGUGCGACAGCUCGACGGAAAUCACGUUUGAGGAUGAUAACACACUCCUACAAGCUGUCCUUUUGCGCAACCACGCCCUGAAUUAUGGUGUAGUUUUCGAGUCAGGUGACCCGAACCCGUCGACAGAGUUCAAAGGUCAGUGUUCUGAGAAACCUGACAGUAGAAAUCAGCCCGUAGGGAAAAGGAAGCCCAAACACUUCGAUGACCGGAACAGGAUUCUGAAUACCUGCGCACAUCUUCAAGGAAGACACGAGGCUGAUGAGAGAACUAGUGAAGCAACUCAUCAAGGUGAAAGAUGGGGGUGUCAGAUGUCUGUAAUAACUCCCAAAUCUGAGGUCAUUAUGACAUCAAGAGGUCAACAGAAGGUCGUCAACAGCAGUCUGGUGGCCGUCGGUAGAGGCCAAAGUUUGAGCAAUGCCAAAAGUGGCGAGGAGUGUAGAUGUGUCCACUCGGAAGAAGUGGCGAAGGAGGAUUCCUCCCUGGAAACCCUUUUGAAGCGUGAGAUGAACAGAUACAUGCACUCCCUGCGUCACGACACGGCCAGGGAGAAGCACCAGAAGGCCUCCACCUCGGCCCAGAACAUCCCAGUGAAGGUGCAGAACCUUACUGCAGUCAGUCGGCCCAUCACAGCUGACGUGUCGAGUGGCGCCGCAGCCUUGACCAAGGCUGUCGGCUUCAUCCCAAGCCUGUCGCGAAACGAGUACGAGAGCUUGUGUCGGAAGACCACCGUUAGCCAGCCAGCUCGGUUCCUGGCGAGGGCUCCCCUUGCCCUACCGUCCAUCACUGGUAACCCCAGUGAGAUGCUGCGCAUCACGAGAUUCAACGGCGAGGUGAAAGGGAUGCAGUUAGCAAGACAACGAGAGAGGAAGAACAAGAAAUGACGCAAUUCCUAUUGGAAAGGCAUUUCAUUUAAUAUGGACCAAAAAAAUCCCUUUUUGACGGCAUCGAACCUUGGUCAUUUGGUUGGAAAUUUGAAGCCGUUCCAUGGCAUUCAUUUCUCUCCCAGUUUUUGAGUGAUGAUUCGAAUGUGAGAUGUCCAGGUACGUCUAGAUGCACUAAGUCGGACGGCGUGAGCUUGAGUUUUUUCGACAACGAGGUAACUUUUGCCAAUCACAGUGAUUGGAAUUCACUUUGCAAGAGUGGAGAGCCAGGGGUGACAAAGUGGAACAAAAUAUUUUUGCUUUUGCAAAAUUUGUAGACAUAAUCCACGCUCCCAAGAAUGGGAUGUCGUCUGACGUACAUGUAUGUAGUCUUCAAGUAAUGCAUUGCAGUCAAAUUUCAGUGCAGAGAUGUAGCUAAAGAAGGCAGAAAGGACGUCAGGGGCACUGUUUGGGGACUUCUGAGGGCAUUACUUAGUUUGUCUUGGAAUACAUUCCAAAGAAAAGCAAAUAAGCACCCUUUAAUCGAAGAUGGGUACAGAACUUGUAUUUUAUCGUAUUUGUAGUUCUUCUUUAUCGUUUGCAUUAUUGGUCAUGAUAACCGUGAACUACAUUUGCUUCAGAGGGUAUAAUUUACAUCAUUUUUUUAAACUAUGAAAGACACAAAUGUUGCUCGCUGCUGAUUUGAUGAAGUAAUUUAUAAUUGUAUAGAGUACCGAAGUGAAUACAUCACGCGCACAAUUAGUGUGUAAAAGGCAUUAGCGCGAGAACCAGUGCGUGAACUCCAUUCGUUUGCACUGCACUUUCUGGUUCACAGUUACGUCACACUUCUGUACUCUUUACCCUAGAAAAUGUUCAGUAAUUUCAUUGAAAACACAAUGUUUAUAGACAUGUACGUAGGAAUAAUUGUCAAAAGUUUAUUCCAAUGCACUUGCAUCAAAUGAACGAUUAUCUCAAACGAAGAGAGAGAUAAGCGAUAAGAAAAAUGGUUCCACGAUUUCACAAGGAUCAGUUUUUUUUCUCAAAUACAAGCGGCGAGUUAGAGACACACUCGUUUAACACCAUGUAUGCAAUUUGAAAUAAUACUGAAUUGAACUGAACACAAGCUUACAGCAAUACAACACUAGUCAUCACUGGCCAUCCAAAUAAAAUAUUUUGUUUACACCUAGCACAAGCAGCAGUGAUUGCACCGAGACUGGUCACGUUUUCAACCUACAUGUACAGUCACUAUCUUGUUUCAAAAUACCUUUGCAGCAGAUGUGAAAUGAUUUCGAUAAAAGGUGGAGUAAAAAAAAAAA